CUCUCCCUGAACACCGCAGACUACAGCAGACACACAUACACACAGAGAGACACACACACACAGACACACACCAUUGAAACGAGUUGAGGAGCCCAGACUCAGUGAAGACCGGAGAUAUUUAAGUCGUUCCUGCAGAAUUACGCGUCGGUGGCUGAAUGUGACGCGGAGACACCGAACCACAGCGCAGACUGUUUGAGGUGGACUGGCUGCUACGAUGUCCAGAUCCUUAAAAUCUGCCUCGAGGUCUCGGAGCCGCUCAAAGUCCCGAUCAAGAUCCCGCUCCACCUCUCGCUCCAGGAGUUGCUCCAGGUCCCGGUCCAGGAAGCAUCGUUACAGCUCAAGGUCUCGGUCACGGUCACGGUCAAGAUCUCGUUCUCCAUCUUACAACCGAGACAAGAAAUAUCCAAGAGAAUACCAGAACAACCGGGAGUUCCGGGGCUACCACCGCGGCUUCCGGAGGCCGUACAAUUUCAGGGGCCGAGGGCGAGGGUUCUUCCCACGUGGUCGCUUCCAGCGUGGAGGUGGUGGGGGCGGCGGCGGCCGUGGCUACAACAACAACAACAACUUCCGCCCAAACUGGAAGAACUACAAGCAGCACCCUCAAAACCAACAACAACAACAACAGCAAAACUAUUCUCGUGGUCGAGGGCGAUCGCACAAUUUCCAGAAACGCCCAGAGAGCCCCACUCAUGGCCACUCUCACCGCUCUGACCGAUCCUCCUCACCUUUAUCCAGACUUUCUCAGCAUUCGUCUUCCUCCUCGCACUCAUCCUCUCCCAAAUGCAGGCCAGCCUUGCUGCUGGCUAAUCAGAACUCCAAAGAUUUGAAAGAGGAGACCUCGGCCUCAAAGGAGGUCCAGAAGGGAGGAGGGGAGGAUGGGGGUCCGGUGGAGCUUGUCGGGGCGUUGGCAGGAGAUGCUAAAGAAGGCGCAGGAAGUGAGAGAACUGAGGGGAGCUGGCAGGGCCAGACAGACUGCAGCAGCAGCCCAAAGAGAGCCUGUCCUGUGGCAAGUUCUGCUGUUAAUGCUGGUCAGAGCAGCCAAGCUACAAACCAGUCUGCCCCCUCUAAGAACACAAAUGACAACAGAAAUGGUGCCCCCUCGUGGCAGACGGUGUGUAGUUCAUCCUCUGCAAAAAAAACCUCACAUGAAGGUCUGAAUCCAAUGCUCUCCAGCUUUGACUUCUUCUCCACUGAGGAUUACCUGGAUGGAGAUAAAUCUGCAAUCUCCGUUGCCUUCAGAAAGUUUCUGGAGGAGCAAAAUAAGAAAUCUGCAUCUUCUUUGGAAAACGGCAAAAACGCAGCGACGAAUGAUGUGGAUAUGGAUCAGGGGAGAGUAAAUGGCAAAGCAUCAGCCAUUAACACUGACUCUGUGUCAAGGAAGUACAAAGGGGACGGGAAAGUGUUGUCCCUGAACAGCUUCCUGAAAAGUUCUCCCUUUCUGUCUGCUGAUGGGGAGGAAGAGGAGGAGAUGGUCAUCACGCCUCAUUCAAAGCCACUCCAAAAAGACUGGCACAAUGGGGAUGAGUCCCCUAAGCUAAAAAGCCGGGUCAGUCCAUCAGCCCGAGAGCUGUUUGAAGAGUGCUUUGGCAAAUGGAAGAAUGGGACUUAUUCACAGGUGGCUAACAGUGACCUCGACGCCAUGGCAGAGGAGAUAUAUCUUAGAAAGCAAGUUAAGGCCUCGAUCUCUGCAGCCGCCCUCGGCAAGAGGGAGUUGGCAGGGAAACUUGACGAACUGUCCCCAGACAUGAAUUGUAAAGCCAGGAAGAUGGCUAAAUCUCCCUCUGUCCCAUCUCCUACACCUCCAUCCAGGAGGAACUCUGAGAGAGAGAUGUUCAUGGUCAGGGGAGAGGACUCGUCUUUCGUGUCCUCAAGAAAACAGGAAGCGAAAUGUAAUAUCAAAAUGGAUUUUCCUGGAGAGGGUCUGCUAAGCUCUUCAGACAUGUUAGCUGAGGAGCGACAGUUGUCUCAGGAUCUCGUGCAGGCCUCAAAGAAGGAUCAGGAGUUUCGCUCCAUCUUUCAACACGUUCAGGCUGCUCAGUUGUCCAGGAGCCCCUCUGAGCUGUUUGCUCAGCACAUAGUCACCAUCGUUCACCACAUUAAAGCGCAGCACUUUCCAUCUUCUGGCAUGACUCUUAACGAUCGGUUCACCAUGUACCACAGACGAGCCGCAGAGAAGGAAAUGACGAAGCCAAGAAAAAGCCCAGAGAUUCACAGAAGAAUUGAUGUUUCUACAAGUGCUUUUAAGAAACACUCUCAACUGUUUGAGGCGAUGAAAAGCUCAGACGAUGGCACUUACAAGGAUGGUGGGGGAAAAAUAAAGGGUGACCCAAUGGACCUGCGUUUGGAUAUUGAGCGGCGUAAAAUAUAUUCCACCCAUGAGAGAGAUAAUAAUCAGGAUCGGGGACGAGAUUUGGGAGAUUCCCCAAAUUCUAGCCGAGAGAGAUCCCUGGAAAAGUUCUCCAAAUGCCCCAAGAGAUCAGGGAAAAGUAAGAAGAAGCGCUCUCGAUCACGUUCGUCCUCGUCUUCCUCAUCAAGAAAAUCCCAACACGAAGGAGAUUUGCCCCUUAACAAGUCUGAUCCCAAGGAUGAAGGCUUUAAUAGAGUCCAGCUCGGCCAAGGGGAGUUACCGGGGUCUGAAAGAGGAAGGCCACGUGGAUUUCAAGUACGAAUUCGGGGAAGGGGCUGGAACAGAGGCAAUAGUCAAGGGAACACUUCACAUAGUAACGCCAUAAACAUGGUAGCACAACAAAAAACUGAAGGCUGGGAACCAGAGUACACACCUAAAAGCAAACAAUACUAUCUGCACGACGACAGAGAUGAGGAGGCGGACGGCAAGUGGAUGGACAAUCAAGGGCGAGGGCGAGGAGGCUUCUCUCGUGGAAAGGCACGUUUCAUUAUCCGCAAUGCCACCGGAGGUUCCAGCACCAAUAACCCCAGAUGGGCCCAUGACAAGCUCCAGGUCAAUGGAGGGAAAGGUGGUCCUCAGGAAGAGGAAACUCGGCAGGACCAUAAUGGCGGAGAUAUAGAUGGAGAUAAUAAUUGAGCCUUGAAGCAGUCUGCUGAAAAUGUUAACGGUCUUCUGUGUUGUUGCAGGAUCUGACUCAUAAAUACAGAUUCAAUUGUUUAAAGGUCCUAUCGUAGGAUAUGUUCCUCACUUGGACUCAACCUUUCCCUACAUUAAAUACAGCUUGUUACCAGGAGCACUGUUUGAAGGGUGAAAUGCUGUUUCUCAUGAAAGUUCACAACUUUGUACUUCAUGUUCCUUACUUUUUAUAAAAAAGACAUUUUCUGUGCAUCAGCUUGAUAAUCAAUACAAUGUAGAUCAUAUCAACUUGUGCCACAUAUUGGUGAAAACUAAGAAAUUUUAUCUUGAGUAGAUUACAAGAUGAAUGCAUUGUAGAAAUACAUUGAUUAGUUCCAGUAAAUGCAUCGGAAUCUAAUUCAAUUCCCUAAAUAUUUGUGUGGAAAAAAAGCAGGCAUGUUGUUUUGAGUGGUAUCUUGUGUGGAUUAGAAUGACAGCAAUAAAUACACUGUAGUUUAUGUUAACAACACAAAUUCACUGUUCAGCUGACUCAGCACUCGACAGACGACCCCGAUUUGACGGUGGGACCAAACUGUACGGGGUCAAAGGUUUAGCUUUAUAGUUUUUCAUCAUGCUACAUCCGACAGGUCUACUGUACAACACAUUUAUCAUUAAACAUUUCUGCUAUCUGAGAUUUCUACCCUUUACAGUGGCUGUGCGCUUGAUCAUCAGUACCACUAAUCAGUUCACAAUAUUUAUGUUGAUUUAAGUUGGGAGUUGAGACAUUAUUUGCUGUUUUUGGAACUUGCUAGACAGGAUUGUGAUUUAAUAAUGUCAAGGAGAAUGUGUUUUUAUUGGACUAGAUUUUUAUGUGAUUUUUGUUGGCUGAUUGCAAACUUUUCCUCUUAACCCAGUUGUGUAAAUUGUGUGCAAGAAUGACAACGGUACGAUAGAACAGAUCUAGAAUUCAGAGAAUAGUUUGUAAGACAAAUACAGAGCAGUUUACAUGGCAAUCAUGUCUACUCAUUACUCAUUUGCCAAUAAAAUUGAAUUGCACAACUUGUGCCUUACCACG